AUGGUCUUCAAAUCUUGGACAGAGCAAAAUCUGGAUGUUUGUGAGUUUGAAGCUUUGAUGGUGCCGACCAAUCACUCAUUGCCACGUCAGAAUAGGUGCGCUUUCAGAGCCACCGAGGCCGAAUCUGGGGAGCUUCCUCCAGCCGAUGAGAAGAAGGAAUCACAGGUUUCAGAGACUCCACAGGUGCAAGCAGGCCCUGCUCCUGGGCCCACCCCUGCGCCUGCGAACAGUGGCACCUCAGGAGCUCCCAAGGCAGCACCCCGUCGGCGCAGAGAAGGCGAGCGCCAACGCCGAAGUCAGCAGAACCUCUUGGUCCAACUCUUCAAGCCGCCAUCGACUGGGCGUGGUCGCCUGUUGAUGUCGUUGAAUUUGCUCAUCGUAUGCGUGCUGGUCUCAUUCUGUGUGGUGUUGAUGGAUGUCAUAAGGAAUCCUCCAACGCUCUUGAACCCACCGCCGGAUCCAAAGGCGAAGGAGCAGAAACCCUAG